GACACUUGACAGUGAUAUAUUUUGCUAUUUCAGAAUUUGGUGUUUCUGAUUCGACUAUUUACGAUUUUUAAGCAUAAUCAUUAAUUUUAUUAAAAUAUAUCUAUUUUAUUAUUAAGUGAAAUUAGUUUUAAGGAAAGCCAAAUUUUACGACAUGGAAAAUUGUGACAGCACAAUUACAGGCUCAAAAGCGUCAUAUGAUCCUGGAUGGAAUGACCCGCCAAGUUUUGCUUAUAAUGCUCAGCAAACUACUCCCAAUCGUCCGCGAAACUUUUUGAACAAAAGAGUAGCUUUUCCUUUAUCUGGUGGAAAUAACUCUUCUGGACCGACUCCUCCAGUUAAUUUGCCUCCACUGCCUACAAAUGCUCUUCCACCAUUGCCGAGUUUGACGACAGAAACUAACGUCCAGGAAAAUAAUGUUGUUGAUACAGAAUGUGCACUCAAAGAAGUAAAAGAUAUAUUAAUAACAUUUUUAGAAACAAGCGAAGAAUUAGGAUCAAAAGCUGCCAGUAUUAGAAAACGAAUUGAAAGCAUGGAAAAUAUGUGGCUUAGUGGAAAAUUAAAUAAACAAAUUCAAGUACAGAUGAGAGAUUUGGCAUAUGCACUUAAAAAUGACGAUCACAGCAAAGCUGAUGAAAUCCACAAGGCUUUGAUGGUAGACCAUGUGAGUGCAGUCAGCAUGUGGAUGCCAGGGAUCAAACAACUUAUCUACCAUUGCAUUGCUCGUUCUGAACUGUUAGCUAUUGAUAAAGAAUAAGAUAUACUUUACCUAAUUAUAUUACAUAAGAUUUAUAAUCAAGGACACCGGUGGACUAAUAGUGGUGAUGACUGAUUGUUACUGAUGAUUACUCAAUAAGAAAUCUUUUAUUUUAUGACAAAUCAUUUAAAUUAAACAGAGUACUAUAGAACUUAACUCACAAAAAUAUUAGGUACACAAUAGAAUAUAGAAUGGUUGGUACUGAAUCCGAAAAUAUUUAACA